AUGGCCCCUCGCCCCUGUCGGCCUCGCCCCACUCCCGUGGCCGCGUCGCGGCACCCCUGGACGCCCGUCCCACGCCAGGCUGCGCUCACACCGCCCCCGCCCCCAGCCGCGCACCCCGCGCCGAGGCCGCGCCCGCGCCAGGCCGCCCCGCCCUCCGGUCGCCCGCCCCGCGCUAGGCCUUGCUCGCACCAGGCCGCGCUCGCGCCGGCCGUAGCGCCCCCGCCCCGGCCGCCCCCGCCCCACGCCUGGCCGCCCCGCCCUCUGGUCGCGCCCGCGCUGGCUCGCCCCUGGCCGCGUCUCCUCGCGCCACGCCCGGCCGCCGCCGUCCCGCCCGCGCUGUGUUGGAGCCCGCCCCGCGCUGUGUUGAGCCCGCCCGCGCGGCGCCGCACGGCUCGCCUCGGCCUCACCGCCCCACGCAUGCCUCACCUCGCUGUUGGCUGCCGCGCUCCGUCGCAUGCCCGUUUGCAUGCCCGCGUUGCUCGCCCGGCCGCGCUGCCCUCACCAUGUCGCGUUGUGCGCCCGGCUGGCCCGUGGCGGCCGCGCUCGGCCUCGGCCUCGCCGGCCUCACUCUUAUCGGAGUUGUGGAGUUGGAGAAGUUUCCCUAAUUUUGGGUUUAGUAGCUGUAAGUAG